CAGACCACAGUGGACUCGCUGAGAUCAAAAAGACCAGACGGUGAACGGGGGAGAAUAAAGAAGAACAGAAAUACAUCCUAAUCUACCAGACGUCUGUUUGCUGUUAUACACCAACAAGAGCGCAGGAAGCAGCUGUUUUCAUGGUGGUGUGUUUUAUAAUAAGUCAAGAUGUUGGCAGCUCAUCUCGUUUCAUUCUUAUUCUCCAAACUCCAAGAAGAUCCCACAAAGAGGGUCGACAGGUUCCUGCAUGCUAUGCGUCUCCAAGAUGACCAGUUAAGUGACAUUUCAGCUCGUUUUCAGGCUGAAAUGAAGAAGGGGCUUUCAAUAGAAAGUAAUGCAGCUGCAGCUGUGAAGAUGCUGCCAACAUAUGUCCGCUCUACUCCUGAUGGCUCAGAGAAAGGACAGUUUCUGGCGCUGGAUGUCGGAGGCUCCAAGUUUAAGGUGCUCCAGGUUAAAGUGAGAGAGGGCGUGGGCAUCAAAAAGGGAGAAGUGGAGAUGGCAGAGAAGAUCUACCCAUUACCAAAAGAGCUGCAAACUGGUAAAGGAGUAGAGCUAUUUGACCAUGUGUCAGAGUCUCUGAAGGACUUCCUGCAUGAAAAGAACAUCAGUUUGGAGAAGAAACAUCCCCUUGCCUUCACUUUCUCCUUCCCCUGUGAGCAUCGCUGCCUGGAUCAGGGAAUAUUGUUAAGCUGGUGUAAGAAUUACAGGGCUCGAGGCCUUCAGGGUAAAGAUGUGGUCCAGGUCCUCAGAGACGCUAUCAGCAGAGCUGGGGAUAUGGACAUGGAGGUAUUAGCUAUGGUUAAUGACACUGUUGCAACCAUGAUGACCUGUGGUUUUGAUGACGAAUACUGUGAAGUAGGACUCAUCAUCGGCACUGGAACCAACGCAUGCUACAUGGAGGAAAGGCGCCAUGUUGACCUGGUGGCGGGAGACGAGGGCAGGAUGUGUGUGAACACUGAGUGGGGGGCUUUUGGAGACGAUGGAGCCCUAGAUGAUUUCAUAACAGAGUUUGACAGAGAUGUUGAUGCAGCCUCCGCCAAUCCUGGGAAACAAAUUUUUGAGAAGAUGGUCAGUGGGAUGUAUCUGGGGGAGUUGGUGAGGCUGAUUGUGUUGAAGAUGGCUAAACUCGGACUGCUGUUUGAUGGAAACAUCUCUGAUGCCCUGAGGACCAAAGGGAAAAUAACCACUGCACAUGUGGCAGCAAUGGAGGAGUACAGACACGGUUUGAAAAACACCAUAGACCUUCUGAUGCAGCUUGAUCUGACCCCGUCGGCGGACGACUGCAUUGCUGUUCAACAUGUCAGCACCAUAGUCUCCUUCAGGUCCUCAAACCUGGUGGCUGCGGGACUGGCAGCCGUCUUAACCCGAAUCAAACAAAACAGGAAUAUAAGGGACUUAAGAAUAACUGUGGGCGUGGAUGGAACCGUGUACAAAACUCACCCUCAGUAUCCUAAACGUCUCCAUAAAGUGGUUCGGCAGUUGCUUCCUGAGUGUCAAGUUAGAUUUGUUCUCUCGGACGGCGGCAGCAGCAAAGGCGCUGCCCUGGUAACAGCGGUUGCUCAGCGUCUGGCUGCACAGAGUCGAAAGGUGAAAGAGACGCUCUCCGCCUUCACACUGAGCCAUGAUCAGCUCCAGAUGGUGAAGGCCAGGAUGAGGGCAGGACUGGAGGCCGGCCUGAAGAGUCAGGGUCCCUUUACGAUCAAGAUGCUGCCUUCUUACGUGUACCACACACCUGACGGCACACAGCGUGGCAAAUACCUCGCCUUGGAUCUGGGAGGAACCAACUUCAGAGCUCUGCUUGUUACAUUUAAAGGACAGACGUCUCGACUUUAUCAUAAAAUUUAUACCAUUCCCCUGGUGAUAAUGCAGGGAACUGGAGAGGAGUUGUUUGACCACCUAGCAGAUUGCGUUUGUGACUUCCUGGACUACAUGGGCAUGAAGAACGUUCGCCUCCCUGCAGGUUUCACCUUCUCGUUUCCCUGCAAACAGACUGCUGUUGAUACGGGCACAUUGGUGAGCUGGACCAAAGGUUACAAGGCCACAGACUGUGAAGGACACGAUGUCGUUAAGAUGCUGCGAGAGGCCAUCAAGAGACGCAAGGAGUUUGAUCUGGACAUUGUGGCAUUGGUCAAUGACACAGUUGGGACCAUGAUGAGCUGCGCCUAUGAAGACCCUCAAUGUGAAAUUGGACUGAUUGCUGGAACAGGGUCUAACCUUUGCUACAUGGAGGAUCUGAAGAACAUUGAGAAGAUUGAACAAAGGAGAGGAACAACUGAGACAGACGAGGGGACGCUCGACGGACAGGAGGAUGAGGAUUGCUGCCAAGCUGAGAAAACAGAAGAGGAUGCUGAGAUACCAAAGAUGUGUAUAAACACAGAAUGGGGGGGUCUGGGUGACGAUGGGUCUCUCAAUGAUGUCAUUACAGCCUUUGACAAAGAGGUGGACCAACACUCUGUCAACCCUGGAAAACAAAGGUUUGAAAAGAUGACUAGUGGGAUGUAUUUGGGUGAAGUGGUCCGACACGUAUUACUAGAUCUAACCAAAAGAGGUCUGCUGUUCAGAGGACAUGUCACAGAAACCUUGAAAAGACAUGGAAAAUUUGAAACAAAAUAUCUGUCUCAGAUAGAGAGCGACAACUUAGCUCUACUGGAGGUCAGAAGCAUCCUGCAGAAGCUGGGACUUGACAGCACCUGUGAUGACAGCAUCAUCGUCAAAGAGGUAUGUGGGGCAGUGUCACGUCGUGCAGCUCAGCUGUGUGGGGCAGGACUGGCGGCAGUGGUUGAUAAGAUCAGAGAGAAUCGAGAACUGGACCAUCUGAACAUCACUGUUGGAGUAGAUGGGGCACUCUACAAACUACAUCCACAUUUCUCUCAAAUCCUUCAAAACACUGUGAAAGUCAUGGCUCCUCAGUGUGACGUGACGUUCCUGCCGUCAGAGGAAGGCAGUGGAAAAGGUGCCGCCCUCAUUGCUGCUGUGACCCAGACAACAGCAGGAGAUGUGACUGAGUGACCAAAAAUAAUGUCUGUUUUUA